GGAAGAAACGCUGGUUUGUCCUGCGCAGUGGUCGGAUGAGUGGCGACCCCGAUGUCCUGGAGUACUACAAAAAUGACCACUCCAAGAAACCUUUGCGUGUGAUCAACCUCAAUUUCUGUGAGCAAGUGGAUGCAGGCCUGACCUUCAACAAGAAGGAGCUGCAAGACAGCUAUAUCUUUGACAUCAAGACCAGCGACAGGACCUUCUACCUUGUGGCUGAGUCUGAGGACGACAUGAACAAAUGGGUCCGCAGCAUCUGCCAGAUCUGUGGCUUCAACCAGUCCGAGGAGAACACAGACACCCUGAGGAGCAUCGUCUCCAUGAACCAUGCACCACGGUCCUCCCCAGCAGAGCUCAGCAGUGCCAGCCACCACCUGCUACGAGAGCGCAAGUCCUCAGCCCCAUCCCACUCCAGCCAGCCCACCUUGUUCACCUUCGACUCCCCCACCAGCCACCUCCAGAGCACCUUGUCUGCCAGUGCCCCCCAGGACUACCUUUUCCUCCACCAGUGUAUGAGCAGAAAGUCAGAAAAUGCAAGGAGCGCCAGCUUCUCCCAGGCCACGAGGUCUGCCUUCUUCAUGCGGAGCGACACGGCGGUGCAGAAGCUCUCGCAGGGCAACGGGCACUGCGUGAACGGGGUCGGGGGGCAGCUCCACGGCUUUUACAGCGCCAGCCUCACCGGCUCCCAAGCGGAGAGCGAGGAGCUCUACACCUACAAGACCCCCAACAACGCCCUGUGCAAGGAGUUUGGGGAGCUCUCCACAGACUCCUACGACAUCCCUGCCACCCCUCUCUCCAUCUACCAGAUCCCCAGGACUUUUACGCUGGACAAGAACCACAAUGCCCUGGCUGUGGCC